UUUCAAAGUUCAAGGCAUGAGGGAAGCAUCAACCCAUCAACCCUAGCAAAAAACACACAAAGCAACCCCGUGGUUAUGAUUUGAUCGUGACUUUAAAGCUUGUGUUCUCAUGACUGCUGCUGAUUACCUUCGUUUCAGUCGACCUUCUUCAUCUGUAUAAAUUCAAAAUCUCAAAAACCCUCUUGACUCCUGAAACCCUCUUCGAUUUUCCUCUCUAAUGGCCGCUCCCAACGGAUCUAACUCGCAUUGGGCUGAUCAAGUUCCGAUUGCUGUAGCUCCUCUCAACUGCGUCCCAUACACAGGCCCACCUCUAGACCAUUUUGAUUCCGAUAUGUCUCAGAACGAAGUCAACCUGCCGUUAAAGAAUCAGCCCGCGAUGGUUUUUCUGCCUCAACAAACCACCGAGAAAGAAUUGAACGACAUUUUAUCCAUCACCAAGCACGGAGUUGCGGUAUCUGGGAGUGCUGCAAGCGGGAAAAUAGGACCAGUUAUUGGUUCAAUUGACAUUUCAGAAUCCGAUGAGGCUUUUCUGUUUCGUGUUGCUCUCCCGGGCGUCAAGAAGGACGAAAAGUUCAAAUGCGAUAUCCAACCAGACGGAACCAUCACAAUCAAAGGCGUAACAAACACCGGCCAGAAAAAGGUUCACGCCCACAACAUGGAGUUUGAGAUGCAUACACAGAAUCUUUGCCCGCCAGGUGACUUCUCGGUCUCGUUCCAGUUACCCGUGCACGUCGACCCACCGACCCUAAAACACAUGUUAGCUAACGGUGUUCUCGAGGGUGUCGUUAAGAAAAAACUGGUCCAGGGUUCGUGAUCUCAUCUCGUCAUGCAGUCGUAGGCUUUAGAAACAUGUUGGUUGUCUUCUUAAUGUACAUUGCAGUCGAAGAUCGGUUUCGUGUUUUUCGUUUUGUUGAAGGAUUUUGAAGGGUUUGAGCAGGUGGAGUUGGUGUUUUUGAAGGUCCUUGAGGGUUUUCUUGUUGUAAUGUCUGUCCUGCUGUUGUUUAUGCCAAUUUUUUGGCUCCUUGAAACAAAAGAAAGUACAAGAAAAGAGGGUUUUUUAGGGUUGAAAACUUGUGUGAUUUUGCUUC